AUGGAAAGAAGGCUCCUGAAGAAGGAAAUGAAGAAGCUCCUGGGAGAUUAUAUUGGCAUCAGACUUCGGGAAAAUGAAUUUGACCCCAAAGGAAGAAGGCAACUCACCUUUCUAGAUGAUAUGGCCCACUAUGACUUGGCCAUUAGCGUUGCUUUGCAAUGGCUGGACCAUUCAGAAGACUUAACUUGGCUGGAGUGGGAGAAAGUGAAAAGGCCAUUUUGUGGCAGACCCGUAUAUCCAAACCAUAGAGAAAGAGAAGCAAUGAUUUUAUCAUCUUAUGCUGGAAUCCUAAUGAACAGCAUCCCAGUUGAGGAAGUCUUUAAAAUUUAUGGGGUGGAUUCUUCUGCCAGUUCUGGUGCUGCCAAGGUGCCCCGAGCUCCACCUUUCCGCCUCUCCUUGCACCCUUUUGCCGUGUUAACAGCACCCAAAGCCGCAGAAUAUGCCCGCAAGCACAGUGUCAAGUUAAGAAGGGGAGCAAUGAAUAAAAAUGCCACCAGCAGCUCUACAAGGGAAGCAAAUGCCACAGAGCAGAAAUGA